AUGGGUUCCUUCAGAGUGGCCCUUGCGACGGCCUCUGUGGCCUCUUGCCUCGUGCAGGCCGCGGCUGCGAUGCCGAAGCUGGAGGACCGGGGGAUCGAGGCCCGGAUCCCCGUCACCGACAGAACCGGCCUGCAUAAAGAGGUCUGGGGUGCGACGGCCUUUGCUGCCACCUAUGCGCGAUGGAGCAAGGAGGUGCCGCAGUCGCUGCGGAACCGCUACACUCGAGGCCGAAUCCAUCUUGGAUAUCUUCUUCGUCUCCGAGCUCAAGGUGGGCAUUGGAUCAAGGCUGGCGACACCUCGGGCAACUCGGUGGCCUACCAUCCCGAAAAGUCCGAGACAGCCAUCGAGAUUGAGGACAGCGAAUUCCGCAUCCACUAUGCCGACGGCGACUUCGCCUGGGGCAGCGUCUGGCUCGACACGCUCGAGCUCUCGCCGACGCUCAUCGUGCCCAACACAUCGAUCGGCGCGGCAACCUACAUGUCAGACCGGCUGCGCGCCGACAGCGUGACGACGGGCCUCAUGGGCAUCUCCAAGGCGCUCGAGGCGACGACGCGGCCGCCGACGCCCACCAUCAUCGAGACGCUCUCGCUGCACCUGGCGCCGGACCAGCGCUUCAUCGGCGUCGACCUGCGCGCCAACUCGUCGGCGGGGCAGUACACCUUUGGCGCGCUGCCGACGCGCCUCUACACGUCGGCCGACGUGCGCUGGGCGGCGCCCGUGCCCGCCUCGGGCCACUGGGACUUUGGCGUCAGCCGCUUCCGGCUCGGCGCCAUGGCGCCCGACGUCUGGGUCAAGCGGCCCUUUGUCGCGACGGCCGACACGGGCACGACGCUGCUCAUGCUGCCGCGCAACGUCGUCGAGGUCUACUACUCGGCCCUGCCGGCGGCGCACAAGGCUGACGAGUACGGCGGCGCCUGGGUGUUCCCGUGCGCCGACGAGGCGCCCGAUUUCGAGUUUUGGGUCGGCGACGGUGACGGCGAAGACGACGGCUACCGCGGGCGCGUGCCGGGGGCCUAUGUGCGGUACGCGCCUGCGAGCCAUGACGACCCGGACACGUGCUUUGGGGGCAUCCAGGACGUCGAGCUCAUGCUGGAGGGGGUCGAGGACAAGCCGGAUGCCAUCUUUGGCGACGUGGCGCUCAAGAGCAUGUUUGUCGCCUUUGACAUUGAGGAGGGGAGGGUUGGCUUUGCCGACAAGGAGCUCGAGGUCUGCUCGUUUGAUCGGAGCUGUCAGGGGAACCCACUUGACGCGGGCGAGCUGAAGGGAUGGGGGCAGUAG